UUUUGUAGAAGCGGAGUGAUCCAAAUUUUGUCCAUGCAUCCUGCGACUUCCCGGUGAUUGGUGCUUUUUGUGUCCGCCUUAAGUGAAUGGCCAGGUGAAAUGAGCUGGGCCGAGGAGGACUGGACAGUCGGUCUGUCUGGAAAGGUCCUGCAGAAAGUGAAGGAGCUGCAGGUUCAUCAUGAGCGACUGUCCCGAGAGAACAAACAGAAACAGUUACUGCUGGAUAACAUUCAAACGAGCCUCGAGAAGCAGACUGCCAAGUAUGAAGAAGUGCGUGUGGAGCUCCAGUCAUCACACAGGGAGCUCCAAAGAGUCCAGGAGGAGGCGAAGGUGGCCAUAACUAGCAAAGAGCGCCUUUCUCAGGAUCUGCAAAGCAAACAAGCCCAAGUCUGCUCUUUAGAGGGCCAGUUGGAUGCUGCACGCACUCUCACCAAUAAACUCACACAGGAAGUGAAGAGGCUAGAGGCUGAGCUCGAAAAGCUACAGAACAGCAGCAGAGCAGGAGAAACAACACUCUUCUCUACUCCCUGCUGGAGCGCCUCACCCUGGGAACUCAGUGGGAGUAGAAAGGAGGCACGCCAUGGCAACAGAGAAGAAGGGAAAACUCAGGGACUUCAUGUUCGACGCCUGCAGUUUUCAGAUAUGCCCUCUGGCUCAUUGCCAAGGGAACAGCCCAGAGGCACUCACCACCACCAAACAUCUGACGUUUUCUCCACUCCCUCCGCUGCAUUUCCCUGGGAACGGGAUGAUCCUAAGCCCGUAGCCAGGAGACCCUCUCCAGCGUCUCCAAAGACCCCAUGUAGUGACACUUUAAGUCAAAGCCAGCUAGAGCAUAACUUCUGUGUGAAGACAAACAGCUCAAAUGACUCUGAGACUGACUCAUCUGUGUCUGAACUUCGGAGCCGCUUGACUGAUUUGGAGGAGGAACUGCGAGCAAAAGUGCAUACAAUAAACACAAUCCAAAAUGAAGUGGCACAAAAUAAGAAGGAGCUUUCUGCCAAAGAAAUUAACUUACAGAGACUCCGAGAUGAACUUAGCCUGGCUCAUACGCGCAUGUCUCAGGAAGGAGAACGGGCAUCUACUGCUGAACAGAGGGCCAAACAGCUUCAAGAAGAGCUCAAGUGUCAAAGGCAGAAUACUGAGAGCAGCAGAGUGCAGCAUCAACAGCGGACCAAGGAGCUGGAGAAGCAGCACCAGCGAGACCUGCAGGAGUUUCAGAGAGAGAAACAGUACAUGGAGAGGCAGCACCAGCAGGAGAUAAACAAACUCAAUCAGGAGCUUGCACAAGCCAGAUCCAACUACAAUGCCUUGCAGUCUCAACUGGAUAAGGAGUCUGUACAAAAACAGGCUUUGGUGAAAGAAGUGGACACUCUCAAAGAGAAACUUAAAUGGACAGAAGGACAACUACAGCAAAGCCAAAAGAAAGAGGCUCAGACACAAGCAAAAAUGACGGAGACAUUGCGUGAGGCAGAGGCUUUGACUGUGAGCCUGAAGCAGAGUCAGAAAAAGGAAAGAGCUCUUGAGGAAGAUGGGAGGAGACUAAUAGAAGAGAGAGACAACGCCCUCUGUUUACUGAGAGAACUCCAGGAACAAAAGGCCACCGUGGCUCCUCCUCAACCAUCACUACAGAUUUGUCCUCCUGCCCAGACUUUCUCUAAUGCGUCACAGCCAUUACACCAAACCCGAAAGCCCAACCCCAACACGGCUAAGCACAAGAGAGAGGAGGGGGAAAGGAGGGAAGAAAGCAAAGUGCACUAUCCCACUGACCGAGAGCCAGGCGAAGGCAUUGACUCUGAACACAUAAGUGACAAUGUCCCUAUAAAAUCAGAGGGUUUACAAAGAGAGGAAUGUAGAUUACAAACUAAAAAGGAGGAGGAGGUUUUGGAGACUGAUGGCAAACAAACUAUUGCUGAGAGAACGCCUUCUCACAGUUCUAAGACUAUGGGUUCAGAGGACCUCCACACUGAGAAUGCAACACUACGCUCUGAGCUGCGUGACGUUCGAGAAGAGCUCCAGAAGAGGCUGGACGACCUGGAAGCCCAGCGCCGGGCUGAGACAGAAGCGAGAACCAGACUCAAACAGCUGAGUCGGAAAAAUGCCAAUCAGAUCACUGAAAAAGAGGAGCAAUACAAGGAGUGCAAGGCACAGCUGGAGAAGGAGAGCUCAGAGGUUGACAGGUUAAAUAAGGCCCUGGCUGCAUUGGAGACAGAAAUUCUAAGGGAAAGACAAGAGAAAUAUGAGAAGAGACAUGAAGAGAAUAAUACUGUGCUUCAAGACAAGGAGAAUGAAAUGAUAGAGCUCAACAUGGAGCUGAAGAAGCAACUGUCGGAGGUGAAGGCUCAACUGGUUUUGGAACGAGAGGAGAGAGAGCAGCAGGAAGCGGAAAUGAUGAACAAAGCAAGCACAGACAUGGAGAAAAUACAAGAACUGGAGGCUGAAAUAGAGCAGCUUAAAGCCAAUCCAAACAACAGCUCACAGGCAGAAAAGGUACUGACUGCAGCCAACAGCCCUGUGACUUACCUGACCCUCCGAGAGGAUGAGCUUAAUGUUGCUGACGAAACUAACAAACCCGAGACUCUCUCUCUUUACCAGUCGACUAAUCAGCAAAAUGAAAUCAAAUCUGAGGUAUUGGGAAACGUCAUUCCAUUAGAGGAAAUGGCACUUAUUGAUCCUCAACAGUCACCUGUAACUGUGAAUCAAAACUUGGAACAAAAUUUGGAACAAAACUUGGAUAAAACUUGUUACAAUGCAGACAGUGAUGACAAUUAUGACAAGGUUUCAGUGCUGGCAACACAAGUACAGGUCCUGCAAAAACAAAAUGCAUUGGAGAAAGAGCGCGCCAACCAGUACCAGUUAAAACUUGAGGUUUUGCAAAACCAGGUAACACAACAGACCCAGCAACUGACCAUGGCAUUUGAAAGGCAAAGUCAACACAUCUCUGGCCUUUUAGUUGAGCUUCAAGAAAAAGAAAACACCAUCCUCUGUAAAGAAGAUGAACUACAACAGUUUAGACAAGAGCUCAGUUCCUUAAAAGAUCAAAUGGGAAAAGAAGAGAGAGGGCAAGAUCGUGACAAGGAGCAGCCUUCAUCUAUUUGUAUUAAAAAUCUGGUCACAGAUAAUUCUGAUGAAGGAAUGGCACAGGUGCAGAUUCCUGCUGUGCCACCUGCGUUUGAGAUAAAAGACGGGACAGAGAGUAAAAGACUACAUAAACAAAGUUUUGCCAAUGACGUCAACAGUGGAAGUGAGGAAGGUGCUGACUUGACUUCAGAGCUCCUCAGUCUGCAGCAGGAAAAUCAUCUUCUUAAGUUGAAACUCCAGUCGAUGACUACACCCAAGCCCUGUGGCAUAAACAGAGACGUUGGAAGUGCCUCUCCUCUAGAGGGGCAGCCACCUACAGCUCUGAGUGACACUGGUGUUCAGGCAUGCACUGAGACGCAACAGAGCAGCAACGACACAGAGGAACAUGAAAAAGAAAGUGAAGUAAAGCCAGAGGCAGGCUCCCAACAACUGGACCAUAUCAGCUACCUACAGCAGCAGGUGGUGGCACUGCAGACGAAGCUACAAGCUCUAUAUGAAGAGAACCAGCAGAAGACUGAGGAGCUGGCUCUGUGGAGACUGGCUUCUGAACCUGUGUGUGCACUCACAGAGUCCGAGCCUGUGGACCACCAACACGAGGGAGGCCCUGGUCAUCUGCAGACUGCCACACAGGAGCAGAGCGGCUGUGUGACUCUGUGGAGAGAGGAUGAGAUACUGCUGUCCUCCUCCUCCAACAAACUACAGGGACGCACUCUGUUCUCCAGACUGCAACAAAAUCUCAUCUCUGAACCAAAGACUCUUCCUCCAUUUUCAGUCCUCCAAGACCACAAUAGGAACAAUUCAGAGUUUGACAAAGAAAAUACUUUUCCAACUCAACACAACCAAAGGAAUGACACCAAAAAAGUUCUCAAAAGUUUGGGCGUGGAAUUGUCUGAAGUUUUGGACUGUAGCAAUUGGAAUCCCACAAGUACUGAAGUUAAAGCUACUGAGUCCAUAAACAACACUGGGACUGAUGAUAUGAAAUGUGUCAGCACUCAAACGGAAAGCUGGUGUGUACCACAUGAACUCCAGUGUACGCAGACGCAGACUGAGCUGAUGGAGGAGGAAGCAGAGGUGGAGUCCCCUUCUGUCUCACCUGUCCUAUUUGAUGAAACCCAACAGCCAAAGAACGUAUUGUUGUCAGCUUCCUUUCCAAUCCCAGCUGACCCAGCACAGUUAGCAGAGAGGAUCAGACGGAACCGAACUCAGCUGUCAGCUGCCUUUGACGACACAGAGUAUGAACCAUAUGGGCUGCCAGAAGUGGUUAUGAAAGGAUUUGCAGACAUUCCGAGUGGCCCUUCAUGUCCGUAUAUCGUGAGGCGGGGUUUGCUUGGGACUACAGUGGUACCUGUCCCUCCAAAAAACACAACAGAGGCAGAAGAAACCGAUUAACCACAUGGCCACUGCCUCUGUCGGAGUGAUGUAGGGUCACGAGAAUGGGGAAACGCCAUCCAAGGAGAAAACACACAGAAAGUGCUCAGCUGCUGUUGCA